AAUCUUAUGAACACUAUGAGAUAAACACAUUUAUUAGAUACUAUAUAAAUGCUAGAGGACCAGCUAAUUAUUUCAUUAUAGUAAACUGAAUCAUAUUGUUAAUAAUUGCUUCAAUUAAAAGUUAAUUGAUAUUCAAGAAAACUCAAACAUGACUGCAAUCGCUACAAAUCAAACAGUUAAAAUAUUAGAUGUAUCGGAAUUGAUGAGACCCGAAGAAUCAUUUGCAUCAAAACCUGUUGGUCGAUACAGAGACUAUUCCGUAGAUAAAAAUGAUCCUAUUAAGGAAAGGGUUAGAAUCACCUAUACUGAUAUGCAUACUAAUCAAACAGUUGACUUCGUGAAAAGAAAAAUGGAUGAUUGGUGUAAAUUUAACAAAUUUGAAGCAACUGUUAUGGAAGCCUUAGACUACCUAGAUAAUCUUGUAGAUGAGAGUGAUCCUGACGUCGACAUUCCAAAUAUUGUUCAUGCAUAUCAAACCGCUGAACGCAUCCGAAAAGAUCAUCCUGAUCUUGAUUGGUUUCACUUGGUCGGCCUCAUACAUGAUUUAGGCAAAGUAAUGGCCUUAAAAGGAGAACCUCAAUGGUGUGUAGUAGGUGAUACAUUUCCGGUGGGGUGUGCAUGGGGUAAAUCAAUUGUUUACCGAGAUACUACUUUCGAUAAUAAUCCAGACACUCGGAACAAAAAGUACAAUACCAAGCUGGGAAUUUACUCAGAAAAUUGUGGUUUAGAUAAAAUUUUGAUGUCCUGGGGACACGAUGAAUACCUUUACAGAGUGUUAGAACACAAUAAUUCGAAAAUACCUAAAGAAGGCCAUUACAUGAUCAAGUACCAUUCAUUUUAUCCAUGGCAUUCUGGUGGUGAUUAUCAACAUUUAUGUACUGAAGAAGACAAAAAAAUGAAAAAAUGGAUUUUAGAAUUCAAGUAAUUUACUGUAGCUAAAAAUUUAGUUAAUAAAAUGUUUAAUUUGUAUUUGUUUUAGUAAAUAUGAUUUAUAUACAAAAGGAGGAGAAAUGCCAGAUAUUGAAAAAUUGAAGCCUUAUUAUCAGUCACUUAUUGAUAAAUACAUACCUGGAGUUCUUAAAUGGUGAUAAUAAAAUAAAGACGCAUUAUUAACAUA